ACAAAAGCAGACCCACCCAACAGGCUGACGCUACACCUUGAUCUUUCUAGGUCCUUCCACGCUUCGCUUUUAUUUCUGUGGCGCGGAGCUCCAGGGGGAGCCGGAGAGGACCCUCUGAUCAGAAAUGAGUAAAAGCUGGCAGAAUAGAAGACAUGGGAGAAGAAUCAUACAGAACUCUUGGUUCAGGCUCCAUGAUUCUAAUGAGAGCAGGUACAACCCAGGAGCACUGCAGAGCAUUCGGGAUUCCAGUGGUGGAGAUGAUGAGUCCCCAUCAACCUCAUCUAGCACAGCUGGGAGUUCUUCUGUGCCAGACCUACCAGGGUAUUACUUCGACCCUGAAAAGAAACGCUACUUCCGCUUGCUCCCUGGACAUAACAACUGCAACCCCCUCACAAGGGAGAGCAUCCUGCAAAAGGAAAUGGAGAAAAAAAGACUGCAGCUGCUUGAGGAAGAGGACAAUCAGAUAAAGAAAAUAGCCAGAUUGGGAUUUAAUGCAUCUUCCAUGCUACGAAAAAGCCAGCUGGGUUUUCUCAAUGUCACCAAUUAUUGCCGUUUAGCCCACGAGCUGCGUGUGAGCUGCAUGCAGAGAAAGAAGGUCCACAUUCACAGCUCAGAUCCCUCUGCUUUGGCAAGCGACCGAUUUAACCUCAUACUGGCGGAUACCAAUAGUGACCGGCUCUUCACUGUGAACGAUGUUAAAGUUGGAGGUUCCAAGUACGGGAUCAUCAACCUGCGUGGUCUGAAGAUCCCCUCGCUCAAGGUGCACAUGCACGAAAACCUCUACUUCACCAACCGGAAGGUGAAUUCUGUGUGCUGGGCUUCGCUGAAUCACUUAGAUUCCCACAUUCUGCUAUGCCUCAUGGGCCUUGCAGAGACUCCAGGCUGUGCCACCCUGCUCCCCGCAUCAUUGUUCGUCAGUAGUCACCCAGGAGUGGACCGGCCUGGCAUGCUCUGCAGUUUCCGGAUUCCUGGUGCCUGGUCCUGUGCAUGGUCCCUGAACAUCCAGGCAAAUAACUGUUUCAGUACAGGCUUGUCUCGGCGGGUGCUACUAACCAAUGUGGUGACUGGGCACCGGCAGUCAUUUGGGACCAGCAGUGAUGUCUUGACCCAGCAGUUUGCUCUCCUGGCUCCUUUGCUGUUUAAUGGCUGUCGCUCUGGGGAGAUCUUUGCUAUUGACCUGCGCUGUGGAAAUCAAGGCAAUGGGUGGAGGGCUGCUCGCCUGUUCCAUGACUCAGCAGUGACCUCUGUGCAAAUUCUUCAAGAAGAGCAAUGGGUGAUGGCAUCAGACAUGGCUGGACAGAUCAAGCUGUGGGACCUGAGGGCCACUAAGUGUAUAAGGCAAUACGAAGGCCACGUUAACGAGCACGCCUACCUGCCCUUGCACGUGCACGAGGAAGAAGGAAUCGUGGUGGCAGUGGGCCAGGACUGCUACACAAGAAUCUGGAGCCUCAAUGACGCCCAGCUGCUCAGAACCAUACCUUCUCCGUACCCCGCCUCCAAGGCCGACAUUCCCAGCGUGGCCUUCUCUUCUCGGCUUGGGGGCUUCCGGGGAGGACCGGGGCUGCUCAUGGCUGUCCAGCAGGACCUUUAUUGUUUCUCCUAUGGGUAGUUCUGUGGGUGCAGCCAGAAGAAGUGUCGAUUUGAUUAAGGGGAGUAAAGAGAGGCUUAUGACUAUGACACAGAUCCCAUCCAUCUGGCUGCUGAGGGCAAGACACUAAAUUGUAUGUGGAGAUGCUUCAGUAAAGUUGUUUCGGUUAAAUAGUGUGCUCAGAGAGCUUGAAAGUCCUUUUCAUAAAAGGGACCUAUUUUUCUUGUUAAAUUCCAUAGAAUAGUUAACACCCACCUUUCUUUUUUUCUUGUUUAAAAAAAAGAAUUUAGUUCUAAGGACUAAAGAUGGUGAAAACUAAAAUAACCAAAUUAAAGCUGCUGCUUUCACCACAAGCUGUUGGGAGGAAACCUAAUGAUGAGACUGGUAAGGCUGCUUGACUAGUUGGUGCCUGGGCCUCAUGAGGCAUGGUGAAGCAGGAGAGGAGAGAAGGGGAGGCCAUUUCACUGGGGUCUCUACACAGAAAUCUAAGGCUGGAGUUUAGAAUCAUUAAACAUAGCUUUCUUAAACUCAGUAUCAAUAGCAAAUCUCUGGAUUCUUUUUUUGUUGUUACCAUAGACAUUAGGAGGAAUGAUGAAUAUUCUUAAAUACUGUAAGUUUCAAACAAUCCUUAAUUUGCCCUUAUUGAGACACCUUCCAGAAAGCAGGGUACGCAGCUCCAGAUUGUAAUAUGGUGACAUGAAUGUCAGAUUUAAGGGCCUAGUGUCAAACAAAUUUGGCUUUGACGUUUUGUAAUCUAGCAGUGGCAGUUGGUAAAAUGUUGAUACUAAGUAUUAAAGAACUUGUUUUUCUACCAAACAAUAAACAAAAAAAAAGAACCAUGGUACAGCAUAUUGUUUCUGUUAAUGAUUUAGGAGAUGAUGAAGUUUGUGCUGUAGAAGCAGCAAAUGAGCUGGUCAUGUCAGAUCUUUGGUGAGACUGAGACCAGCUUUAAUAUCCUUCAAGAGAGCCCCACGUGUGACUUCCUAGACCCACUCUGCCCUUCAUCUCCACCCUGCUUUACGUACCCCUCAGGACACUGACUUCUGGAUGACCCACAGAGAUGGGCUUAGCCAGUGGAAAGUAUCAGCAGGAAAGCAGAGGGCAGGAGUGUGAAAUGGGAGUGUUAGUUCCCUGACUUCUUUCCUGGUGGGCUGUGGGGGCUGUGACCAAAGGCCACAGCUUCUUUUGGAGAGCUCUCAGAACUAGGUUCCACUAACUCUGCUUUCCAUUUGCCUCUCAGACCUGUGGCUGGUGAUUGACCCUCACUCUUGCUGGCCUCAGGGUGCAUCAGUUAAACUCUCUUCACUUACCCCGUGAAUGAAUGGUCCUACCAGAACCCUGACAAAUACAACUUACCAUAUAGAGAACCAAAUUUUUUAAAAAUGAGAAUAUCAGAUUGGUUAUCUGAUAGAUGAGCUAACUACAUGUUACAAUUAAGUAUUUUUGGUGUCUCACAUUUGAAAAAGAACUUAAUCCCAUCCAUGUUAUUUGAUUUGUUCUUAGAACUCAAGAUUCACCUGUCUAGGGAAAAAAAGAACUCCUCAGAGAGGUAAAGCCAGCACUAUAAAGAAAUAGGGGCACAAGACAUCCAGUGACAUGUAUUGAUCACAGUCCUACUAUUAAGUGGAGGGCUGAACUCUGACCCUCCCCUUCUUCACAUGCUUUUCCCUUCUGCUGACUGAACUCCUGUUUUAUCUAUCACUCAAUGUGCUGUGGAGAAAUGAAGUGACUUCGCGUGAAUGUAAACUUGUGAGGCUAACAUUUCAUGAUACUUAAUCACUAGGUAAAUGAAAUUUUUUGGUACUCUCCAAUAGUUAAGAAGCUUGUUAGCUACCGAAGUUCUCAUGUUUAUAAUUGUUUAGAUUUAUCCCUGCAACCCUGGCAAGCUGAUGUGCACAUACAUCUCUAGGAAAUAUCUACACAUUAAAGGGUCCAGGUGACCACUGUCACUACAGGGUCUUUGGAUUAAGUUUGGUAUGCCAAAGAUACCAAUGAGCACAGUGAAUGCUGAGUCACAACUGUAACUUUCACCAUACUUUUGUUCCUCUCACAUUUCCAAGAUACCACACAGAACAUUCAAGGACAUUCAUUAUUGGAUCUGAAAUUUAGACUCUGGUCUCGCACAUUAAUGCAGAGCUUCCCAUUGUUCUAUACACUCUCAGCACAGCUGUGAGUCUGCGGGUGACUGUUCAGCUCAGCUCUAGUCUCUCCCCAAAUAGUGGAGACAAUGCCAGAUGAGUUGUGACACAAAUGGCCCUAUCUCCAUGUACCUUUUGAUU